CCCUGUCCUUUAAAGCAUUCAUCUCCAUCUUGUUCGCGAGACGUCAACGUUUUCUUCCUCUCCGGAUCCAGCGAACCUCUCUUAUCUCCUCCACCCGCGUCGUUCGUUUGCUCGUCGCCAGCCGGCCGGGGACGCGGGUGCCUGAAACGAGAGGCAAGCCAGGCAUAGGAGCCGGGGGAGAGAGGCUUUGCUCGCCGGCGUCUUGACAGCUAGGUCGCCAUGUCUUUCACCGGCACGCAGGACAAGUGCAAAACCUGCGACAAGACGGUGCACUUCAUCGACCUCCUCACCGCCGACGGCGUCUCCUACCACAAGACAUGCUUCAAGUGCAGCCACUGCAAGGGCACCCUCUCGAUCAGCAGCUACUCUUCCAUGGAUGGUGUCCUGUACUGCAAGACCCACUUUGAGCAGCUCUUCAAGGAGACAGGGACAUUCUCCAAGAAAUUCCAAGGCGGUGGGUCUUCGAACAAGAGCGACCAGGCAAAAGCACCGAGCAAGCUAUCGUCUGCAUUCUCUGGAACUCAAGAUAAAUGCGCAGCGUGCCAAAAAACUGUGUAUCCAUUAGAAAAGAUGACGUUGGAAGGCGAGUCGUACCACAAGAGCUGCUUCAAGUGCUCGCACGGGGGCUGCAUCCUGACCACCUCCUCCUACGCCGCGCUCAACGGCAUCCUCUACUGCAAGAUCCAUUUCUCGCAGCUGUUCAAGGAGAAGGGCAGCUACAACCACCUCAUCCAGACGGCGCAGACCAAGAAGAACGAGGCCGCGGAGGCUGCGCCGCCGGAGGCACCGGCGGAUGCAGGGGUGGCGGAGUAGGAAGCGCCCCCCACAAGCGGCAUAGAACAACCGUUACCUGUGAAGCAAAGAAAAAUAGAACCAUCCCUAUAUACGCGAUCUCCUCAAUUUUCAGCUAGUAGUUUGCAAAUAUAUGUUCUUCACUUGUUCUGCCUCUGACAGCUUGGUUUUUUUUGUCAGUCUGGGAUUGUAACACAUGCAUGUUGAAUUGCUUAUUCUGUACUAUAUGAUGAGGC